UGACAGAAACAAUAUGGCGUCAUCCGGUGAUAAUGCCAGAGUAAAGGGUGUCACAGUCAUAAAACCUGUAAUAUUUGGAAAUGUGUCUCAUUACUUUGGAAAGAAACGUGAAAGCGACGGCCACACUCAUGGUUGGACAGUUUUUCUUCGCCCUUUCAAAAACGAGGACAUGUCCAGCUAUGUAAAGAAAGUCCACUUCAAACUUCAUGAAAGUUAUGCUAAUCCCUUAAGAGUGGUAACAAAGCCUCCAUAUGAAGUGAAUGAGUCGGGUUGGGGAGAAUUUGAAAUACAGAUCAAAAUAUUUUUUAUGGACCAAAGUGAAAGACCGGUUACAUUUUAUCACCUUUUGAAGCUUUUCCAAACAGAAUCUGCACUUGCCUCUGGAAAAAAACAGCUGGUUUCUGAAUUCUAUGAUGAAGUUAUUUUUCAGGACCCCACCCAGAUGAUGCAUCAAUGUUUACUCAGUGCAAGACAGUUGCAACCCAUAAAACAUGAGUCUGACUGGGCUGAAAUCGAGCAAAGAACUACAGCUUCUAUAGGUGCUGCUCGUCAAAAGAUUGGCAAAGAAAUCAGUGAGUUGAAUGAAAAAUUGAAAGUGUGCAAAGAUGCUAUCCAACAAAUGAAAGCUGAAAUAGCAAAGCUUGAACAACAAGAAAUUGAGGGACCAGAACAGAGUAUAGCACCAACUGUUGUACAAUGAGAGAAUCAAGACUAGUGCUCUCUUCAGCAAGCUCUUAAGCAUUGGUUUUUGCAAAUAAUCAGGGUGUUUGUGAAAGUUUAGUGUCACAGAUUCAUAGGUACUUCUUGUUUUGGUUACAAUAGCCUACUUGAGAGGGGCUUUGCCCAUCAUAUAGUACGUGGUAAAGAUCUGUUGACGUCAGAAGUGGAUAUGUAAAUAGUGAAAACUGUAAUGAAGAACUUUUAAGUUCUGAGGUGCAAUGUACACCCCAAUGCAUGUUUUGCUAUUAUGAUGUAAAUAAUAUAUUGACUGGAAAU